UCUCGGAAACUGUUCAGGAAGUUUCUCAGAAUAUAAAACGGGCAUUUAUAUAUUCCAUGUCACAUAUAUUCCAUAAUGUUGCCGCCUACGAUGACGAUCAUAAAUUAAUCAACUAUCUUGCCGAAGUGUGCAGCGAGUCUCACAGCCGCAGUGAGCAUUUCGAGAUCAACGCCAAGGCGCGUAAUGCGCAACAUGACAAUUUUGAAGACAUUGUGAUGUCUAUUGACAUCAACGAUAUGCUCCUAAAGUGGGUCGCCUACCCCUGA